CCGCUUCAGCAUCCUGCUCGAACGCUGAACCAUGCAGCUGCGCCUCGACCUCGCCACGUCGUAUAUGCAAUUGGCCGCUCUGCCGCAUUCGAAGUAUAAAAAGAUCAAAAGCAAGAAAGAGUAUUAAUGUGCAGUAGUGCAACUUGCGAUCCAGAUCGUAAACAUCUCGCACGUCUGAAAGAUGACGGGAGUGUGUUCCCAGAGUGCAUCCAAGUUUCGUUGGCGAGAACAAGAGAAACUAACAAUUGUUCUAUUGAUUGUGAAGAACAGGAAGGGAACGACUCCAGCCUCCUCUAUCCCGAACAGCCCCAAGAUCCCAACUCGGAAAAGAAAAAAACCGGACGAAAAAUCGGACCUUCUCAUUUUGGGCAUUGCAAAAGGUACAAGUUUAGUGCCGGUCGAGAGAGGAAGCCGACCAGGGCACUAGUCCUCGGGGCCGACAAAAUCAGAUCGUCGACAUGGAAACAUCCAUUUUGGUACCGAGGAGUUCAAGCUUUUUCUUCGAGAUCCCACUCAGCUAGGUUCGCAGUACCGAGGAAGAGGAACCGCCGCAUUAUUUGCAGACCAUCGAGAUCUGGAACUGAUCUGCCAUAUGAACACACCCUAGAAAUCACCUCGACGCUGCAGAGAAGGCCAUCACUUCGAUUGAGCCUUUUCCAUCUUUUCGGUACCCUACCGUUCACUCCUCGUAAUCAGGCAUCUAAGUGCCAAGUUUCGUGACACCAUUCCCGACAACAACAAGAAGCAGAACAACACUCGUCCACCUUCAAAAACGGCCAUACUUGGUAAAAUACAAUGGACUUCUGCUGCUGGCAAGACUUUAUCUGGGUCAACUUCUCUGCCAUCGGAGGUCGAUCACCACGAGGAGCUACAUCUCCAUCCUGAAGAACGCCUCGCUUGAGA